UAGGACUCAUUACUCAUAUUCUAAACCUGUCUUUAUCAACCCCAUUUGUUUAUUCAAUGUUCUGUAUCUUGUUUAGAAUCUUCACUCAAUCACCUAUCCUGGGUUUUUCCUUUUCAUUAAACUAUAUCUCAAUCAUUGAAGCCAUAAUGUUUUUAUUUGAACUCUAAUCUUUUCAAAUCCAAAACCUGGCUUAUAGAGACGAUUGGCUUUUGUUUUCAGUCUUUUGAAAGGAGAUGUUUGGCUUGUUGGUUAACAUUUUGCUAAUUACUUCCCAUUUGUCCUGGAUUUUUUUUUUUUUUUUUUAUUCAGUUUUUGUGGGGGCAGUACAUUGAUUGGUAUUGAGAAAAUUCAACAAUGGAGGACUUGGGUGGGCCAAGGUUGUACAGCUGCUUUAGGUGCCGGAACAAUGUGUGCCGACACGAUGAUAUCAUUUCUAAAGAUUUUCAGUCGGGCAACAACAGAGCCUUUCUGUUCUCCCAUGCGAUGAACAUUGUGGAAGGGCCUAAAGAGGAUCGGAACCUUAUUACAGGUCUUCACACGGUUGCUGAUGUAUUUUGCUCGGACUGCGGGGAAUUGUUGGGUUGGAAAUAUGAACGAGCUUAUGAGGAAUCCCAAAAGUACAAAGAAGGGAAAAUCAUACUUGAAAAGUUUAAGAUCAUCAAGGAUAAUUGGUAGCACACAGAAAUGGCUGUGAAUUCCUCUAUUUCUUGUUGACACAAGUUACUUCAUGCUUCAUUAUGUUCAUCUAGUGCAAAGAAUUGAAUGUCAUUGAUUAUUAAAAGCAUGAAAAAGUCAUUGUUCUUGUA